ACAGGAGAUGACCAGAGACUGCGGACACAGUACAGGAGAGGACCAGAGACUGCAGACACAGUACAGGAGAUGACCAGAGACUGCAGACAUAGUACAGGAGAUGACCAGAGACUGCGGACACAGUACAGGAGACGACCAGAGACUGCGGACACAGUACAGGAGAUGGCCAGAGACUGCGGACACAGUACAGGAGAUGAGCAGAGACUGCGGACACAGUACAGGAGAUGACCAGAGACUGCGGACAGUACAGGGGAUGACCAGAGACUGCGGACAGUACAGGGGAUGACCAGAGACUGCGGACACAGUACAGGAGAUGACCAGAGACUGCGGACACAGUACAGGAGAUGACCAGAGACUGCGGACACAGUACAGGGGAUGACCAGAGACUGCGGACACAGUACAGGAGAUGAUCAGAGACUGCGGACACAGUACAGGAGAUGACCAGAGACUGCGGACAUAGUACAGGAGAUGACCAGAGACUGCGGACAUAGUACAGGAGAUGACCAGAGACUGCGGACACAGUACAGGAGAUGACCAGAGACUGCAGACA